GGAUUGAAUAGGCAGGAAUAGUGGACGAAUGGAAAGCCACUGCUGGCUGGUGGACUGUUCAUACAUCCAAUAGUCUGGGUGGCAAAUAGGGGUAAUGUGUCCGUAGUGCGGUGGUAACCACACUCGGUGUGAUAGGGGACACUGGCAACACCGACUGGUACCAGUCUAGUUCCCCAAUCCGACUGGAGAAGUUCGCAUUCUGCUCAAAUCUACUGAGUUUUGAGACGAUUUACGACCCGGGACAAUUAAUGAAGCAUGGGGAUCUACCAUUUGAGGUGACUGGAGGAUCUGGAUGUUACAAGAUAUCCACACACACGCUCCUGAGAAACGACGGGGAGAAAGAGCGAGCGAGAGAGAGAGAGAGGGCCAUGCUCACACUCCCCAGCCGCUGAGUAAACCCCCCGCCGCAGCCGCUGUUUGUUUCAGUGUUGUCUCUUCCGAGGAUGGAGUGACCAAAUCCCUCUCCGGAUGAUUUGAUGGGGUUGCUCAGAGUCAUUAUGCCGCCCAAGUUGCAGCUGCUGGCGCUGCUUGCGUUCGCAGUGGCCAUGUUCUUCCUGGAGAACCAGAUCCAGAAGCUGGAGGAGUCCCGGGGAAAGCUCGAGCGAGCCAUCGCCCGGCAUGAGGUGCGGGAGAUCGAGCAGCGGCACACGCAGGACGGCCUGAGGGAGCGCGAGGCGGCGGCGGCCGCGUUGACCAACAGCGAGGACGACUUGGUCAUCAUCUACAACCGCGUGCCCAAGACCGCCAGCACCUCCUUCACCAACAUCGCCUACGACCUGUGCGGGAAGAACCGCUACCACGUGCUGCACAUCAACACCACCAAAAACAACCCCGUCAUGUCCAUACAGGACCAGGUGCGGUUUGUAAAGAACGUGACAGAAUGGAGGGAAAUGAAGCCGGCGUUUUACCACGGACACGUCUCCUUCCUGGAUUUUACCAAGUUUGGAGUGAAGAGGAAGCCCAUCUACAUUAACCUGAUCAGAGACCCCAUCGAGAGGCUGGUAUCUUAUUAUUACUUCCUGCGGUUCGGGGACGACUACAGACCUGGCCUGAGACGCAGGAAACAAGGAGACAAGAAGACGUUUGACGAGUGCGUGUCAGCCGGCGGAUCAGACUGUGCUCCUGAGAAACUCUGGCUCCAGAUCCCCUUUUUCUGUGGUCACUAUUCUGAAUGCUGGAACGUGGGCAGCCAGUGGGCGCUGGAGCAGGCCAAAUACAACCUGGUGAAUGAGUACAUGCUGGUGGGAGUCACCGAGGAGCUGGAGGACUUUGUGAUGAUGCUGGAGGCCGCGUUGCCACGGUUCUUCAGAGGAGCCACAGAGCUGUACAAAACGGGAAAGAAAUCCCACCUGAGGAGGACCAGUGAGAAAAAGCCGCCCACUAAGGAGUCCAUCGCCAAGCUGCAGCAGUCAGCCAUCUGGAAGAUGGAGAACGACUUCUAUGAGUUUGCGCUGGAGCAGUUCCAGUUCGUCAGGGCCCACGCUGUCAGAGAAAAAGACGGGGAACUCUACCUGCUGGCUCAAAAUUUCUUCUAUGAGAAAAUCUAUCCCAAAAACUGAAGAGGGGACUCCCAGAAGAGCGGUUUUGAGUCUCCUGUGUGUGUUAAGUUGACUCAUUCUGAGGAAACGGAAGCGGAGAGACGCGCCGCCGUUGACUUGCUAGAUUUGCGAUGGAGGACUUAAUGUAGCGCUGCUACGUGACGGGCCCGUCUCUGGCUCGGCUGGCUGGUCGGGGAGCUUGUAUUUCAUCAGCAGGUUGUCCUCAGCAGCUUCUCCACUCUGUUUUCCUUCCACAACAAAAUCAGAGGAGCCCUGACUGGACCGUGGAUCUGGUUUGGACCUGGUUCUUCACUUAACCUGGGGGAGGGAAAUCACUGGCUCUGUACUGUUUGAUUGUGUUUGGUUGUAUUUUAGCUCUUUGCAAUGAUUUGUUGUUCAUAUGUGAGGACUGAUAUUUUCCACAGUGAGAUGACAUCUUCAUGCCUCACCACAGUGACUAACUUAAAGAGACAGUAACGGUAAAAAGCGGAAUACUUUCUUGAACCUAAAGAACAUUUGUCUGGGUUUAUUUUGUUUGUUUUAUUGGACUAUUUACUGGGGCAGGUGUGUGUGUUUUAUACUUUACUUGAUGUGUGACUCUCGUAAACGAAGGAUGCUUUUAAUGUUAUUGGAGUGUGUCAGAACGUUACAAUUUCUCUAAACAUUUCAAUCCAUUUCGUUCCCGCCAGUGGGUUGUAUAACUUGUAGAGAUGCACAGAUCAGUGGUUUGUGGCCGAUUCAUGAGUAACAAUUUUUUAUUUUUUUCAAAAGGUUUUGUCGGCUCUAGUGACGUUUAUUUUGCAGUUGUCAGACAGAAAGGUGUGUUAUGAGAGAGGGAAGACAUGUAGCAAAGGUCAUCGAACUAAGGCCUCCAUACCUGGGGUCACACUUUACCACUGAGCCCCAUCAGCAAUUUUUGUAAAUUGUUUUGACCUACAAGUACCAAUUUUGGUUUGAUUUCCUUUAAGAACUACCUAGAACUACUUUUUAAAAACAGUGUUCAAAUUAGUUUGCAUUUAAAAUAGAUUGGAACGGUCGCUAAUUAUUUAUGUCCAGAGCAGAGGUGACGUCACACUGUGUGUGAGAGAGAAAGAAGUCACUGUAAAACAGGGUUUUGUCAGUCACAAACAAAGACAAAAGGGAUUACAGAGGGAUUUUAAUUCUUUUGACUGCUUUGUUAGCUAUUAGCAUGGUUAGCUUAGUUAGCAUUACUAGGUUAAAAAGGAGUGCCGGUGUGUAUUCAGUACAUUAGCUGCGAAACUACAGCACUAUCUCAAUUGUUAUUUGUAAUCUAAAACAGUCAGAUUAGAAGGUCAGAAGGAUAAAACAGCAACUUUGUUGCAACAUGUUCCUCCUCCCUGGAUUCUACUAAAGUUCGCUUUAUGUCAAAUUCUUCCUUCCACUACUUGGAGAUUGGGGGGAGAAGCCCCGAAGGUACGUUUGAAUUGACAUCUCAUGGCAGACAAUUUUUUUUGUUUAAGUCCAGAAAAGGUCCGGUGUGAAAGGCCCUCAAACUGCAGGCAGCAUUUGGAGUGAAACGAUCAGCAUCCAGUGAGGUCCGGCUCUGUGUUGCCGCAGUCUGAAUGACCGGCUGACAGGAGAUCGUUUUUCUUGCUCACUUUUGUGCUUCCUCCAUUUCAAAACACCUCAUUGCUUCUGGAAAAAAAGCUAACCUCUGAGUCUUCUUUCCUCCACAACAACUUCCGCACUGAAGAAUGUUGCUGUCAGUGGAGUCUUUCAAAUUUCUAGGUUUCUGACCACCAAUUGGUCACCAGCCGAUUUCUCUGUGCAUCCCUAAAGUAACUUAUGAUUAUAUAUAAUUUUGAAAAUUUCUUCUCCUCAGCCAACAUUUUGUUUGUGAUGUGGCUGUAUUUUAAAGUGACAAAAAAAUUUGCUAGUCUUUCUUUUUUAUUUUAUUUUUUUAUUUUGCUCCUACAGGUUGGCAGGAACUUGAUGUCACUUUUUUAAUUUUUAUUUUUAAAUCUAUCUAUUUCAUUGUGGAAACAUUUCCCGGCAUAAAAAUAUGGAACCUAUAAUCAUAGAGGAGGUUCGUCAGCAAAAUAAAUAAAUAAAAUAAAGCAGAAGAAAUUACAUUAAACAUUAGAAAAAAUUAUAUUGUUGUAAUUAAGUUGAUUUUUUUCUUUUUAAUCAAGCAGAACAAAGAAUUAUGGAAUCACUCAAUUUUGAGGAAUAAAUUAUGGAAUUACCAUGGUUACAAUCUGAUGCCACAACUUUUACCAUCUCUAUGAGUUUGAGCUUCAGGUAGCCCCCCACCCUUUCUCCCAAAUGUCACCAUAUCUGGAUCAAACCGCUGUUGUUGGUGUGGGACCCAAACCAAGUUCUGCUUAAGGCCCCAUAUAACUUUGGGUCGGCCCUGAUUGGAGCAAUUGUUUGAUGAUUUCUUUAAAUUGAAUUGUGGCACAUUUAGACCUCUACAAGCCAGAUCAUGAACCAGUUAUUUUUGUGUCAUGCCUGUACUUUUAUAUUUUGCUGCUGCAAAGUAAAACAACAUUUACCCUCUUUAAUUGUAUUUUCUGUAUUAUUUUUGCCUGGAUUUGUAGAGAACUACAGCAGAGAAAUGUAAUUUCCACUGGAAGCUGGAAACAAAGCAGGACCUUUGUAAUGUAAGGUAUCUUUUAACCAUAAAAGCUUGUUUCACCAUGCCACCUUCAAAAAUGUUUACUAUAGGAGAUUAUGUUGCCAAGGCAACAAGCAUCACAUAUAGAUUACCAGCAGGUUUUUAAUCUCACUUUGAUGCUCAGCUGAUUAGCGCUGCAUAAACCGGAUCAUUUUUAGAAUAAACUAGCCACACAAAGAGGAUAAUAUGUUUAUCUGUGAGCUUAGCUCGUGUCACAUUAUGGACACAUAAUGUCACAUUACGUACUUAAAGGCCUGCGGACUGAUCAGCUGUAGAAUCCAUUCAUUUUUGUGUGCCUUUUCUCCGGUUCUUGUUGCUUUGCAGCUUUGUGUGAAGGAACAGAAACACAACACUGGCUGUCGUGUGUUUUUAAUUUGGUUCUGACAAAAAAAAAAAGAAAUCAAUAUACAAAAGACUUUCAUGAGA